CACCACGUGCCAGUAUUGUUUUCUUCAGAACGAAUCGUAAAGUCUGUGAUGAUUGGUUUUCUCGUAUUAGAACAGGAAUUGUUAAAAGUGCUAAAAUCAUUGGAGAUGAUGCUCUGGCCGUUAUGCACGGUUUUCGGGCACUUGCACAACGAGUAGUUUCACUAAAUCAAGGACUGAUUACCAGUGAAAAUAUUUGGUUGACAGACUUUCAACAAAUUUUGAGUGAUGUCGUUGAAUGUCUGCAAAGAUUACAUGCUGGCGAUAGUAUUAUUGGGCUUUUAGCAUGGUCUCGACGUAUCUGCUCGAGUGACAAAAAUCAAGAAGCGAGUUUAUCGGAUCACACUAAUGACCUUACCGCGGGUGAAAACAUUGAACCAGUCAACUCUACUCAAACAUCUCAGCGCAAUCUAGAGCAUAAACCUAUUUCAAAUCAGGCAAAUUUUGAUUGGAUGAAUGGGUCUCAUUUGUUCGCGGAAUCUAGAUAUGAACUUGCUGCAAGUAAAGCUAUUGAUUCUUUUGACUGCCUUCUUGAAGUUGAUCCUGAAAUGCAAACUAUUUUGCCACAAGCUCGAUUUUUGAGCUCUCAAGUAAGCAAAAUCCUAUUACAAUAUAACUCUGAAUUUAAGCAACCAAAACAGACGAGACCUUCAUAUGCUAAAAUAAAAGGCUGGUUCUUACGUGAGGACAAAUUAGCCUUAAUGCAUGUUAAAAUAAUUGAUAGCUAUUGUAUGAUGCAAGAUUUGUCUUCAUUAGCACAAUGGGUUCAUGCACAUGAUGAAACUGAAAUAAUUGUAGAUCCCUUGGUAAAGAUAAAUCAAGACUAUUUAACAGUGCUUGCAAAAUAUCACGAUAGUGAUUACUUGGAUGCAUGGAAGCUUAUUGAUAAUGUUCCACCACAAAUAUCACAAAAAUAUCUCAAUUAUCGUGGUGCUAACUUUAUCCCAAUAUUAUGCCUUUUACGUGAGAAGCUUUUUAAUUUAGCCAAUGAAUGUCCUACUACUGGGACGUUGAAUCAGCAAACAACUCUGUGUGUUUUAGAGAAUAUUGUUAAGCAAUCUUUUACGGACUCCAUGAUGAACAUCAUCCCUCUAUUAUUAAGGACAAUUACAAUGAAGUCUGAAGUUCAACAGCUUCACCAUUUUUUAUCUGAAUUUGUGGAAUACAUAAAUAUCAAUCAAAAAUUUUCGUUUAGCGAUACAUUUGUUAUUGAUUUAUCUGUGUGGAGUCCAUUAAAUACAGCCGUUGACCAAUUACUUUCGAGCCCAGAAUCUGAAACAUUAAAAGAAGUUGAUACCUUUAAACUUAUAAUGGCCAAAAUUGCUAGAAAAAGUUCUGCUUUAAAUUAUGCAGCCCAUAUCUUUGAUCAUUGGAAGAAAGAUACUCCUGCGGAAGUUGUAUUUGAACAUUCUAAAAUGUUAUUUGCUCAAGGAUUAUAUCAAGAAGCCAUAGUCCGUGUAUGUUCACUUUUGCGUGAUGAGCAACAUCCGUCCUUUGCAUUUUCUGAGACUCUAAUUUUCCGUCAAAACGUGCUUUUAAAAUUGGCAAAAUGGCUACAACAUACAGAAUCUCAAUUAGACGGCGAGACUUUAUCUGAUUUAAAUCUUAUUCUCGGAAAGUAUAUUGGUAGCCAAGGUUUGGAUGAAAUUAAUUUAGAACCAAAUUUAAUAAAUAGUAACCUGGUGGAAGCAUGCUUAUUUAGUGCAAUUAAUGAAGAAAGUUCUACUGCGAAGGCUUGGUUUGCCUAUGCUUCAUAUCACUAUCAGCAUGGCCGACAAAUAGUUGAUGAAUUAGGCAGCUAUAAGUUAUCUAUUGACUUAUUGAACACUAUUAACAGAAAAAUUCAGCAAGUUUUAACUAAUGAUUGGAAAAUUUCAAAUGGUGAUAAUCUUACUGAUUGUGAUAUGAUAAUAAAAAACAUAUUUCGCAUGUUUUUACGUAAAAUCAGUUCUCUGUCAAAGUUGGACCAAGGCGGUGAUAAUGUGUUAGAUUUCAAUGCAACCCUUCCUUGGAUUUCACAAAAUUCAAUGGAUGAGAUUACAAAUUCAUUAAAUAAAAUACAGAAGACGCUAUUCAUUGCUUAUAAAUCGGCUGUUGAUGGCUAUUUCCGAUUCUUACAGUCUGCACAUGGAAGAAAUAAUGUCCAAAAUAUUCCAGCGCAUCUUCGCGUAGAACGUAUCGAAGAGUCUGAUAUAACAACUGCAACUCUAAGGAUUUUAAGAUUACUAGUGAAGCAUGGACUGCUUUUUGAAGAAUCGUUUGUUGAAGGGUUUAACAAUACUAAUAUUCGUUCAUGGGAAAAUAUAACACCGCAAUUGUUUUCGCGACUGGAUCAUCCAGAACCUUUCGUUCAGCAGCAGCUUUGUAAACUUUUAUGUUCGAUUGCUUCUGUUUCGCCACAGCUCGUUGUAUAUCACACUGUUGCUGCCUCAAAUUCUAGUGGCACUAGCGACUUAAACAAGCAACUACUCCAAAGAAUUGCUGACAGUCUUGAUAAUUCCAAUGGAACAUUGAUCAUAGAAAUUCGGCGUGUGAUUGAAGAGUUACAGCGCAUUACGGUCUUGUGGGAAGAGCUUUGGCUCAAUAAAAUAAGUGGUUUACAACUUGAUGUCAACAGACGAUUUCACAAAUUUGAACGCGAAUUCGAGAGAAUAAAUGAUAAUCUUAACCUUUCUUCCGAACAACGUAAUAAAAUUAUGAAAGAAAGUUACGACGCUAUUAUGAAGCCAGUGAUUUUAUCUAUCGAUCGAUCAUACAAUAGUACUAUUGCUGCUGCUUCAACACAUCAUGAGAAAUGGUUUUGUCGGACUUUUGGUAAUCGUAUUUAUGAAGCCUUGGAAGCCAUACGUUCUCCAUUUUCAUGGGAAUCAUAUAAAACGGGUUGGGAUCUUCUGCGCAAUGUUCACAAAGAUUUAUCGAAGGAAUUAAUGUCAAAUCGUUCAUUAAAGUUAGUUGAUGUUAGUCCAUUUUUGGCAACGAUAAAAUCUUCCGCAAUUGCCAUGCCAGGCUUACCAUAUCAAAUGGAUACAGUGACAAUCCAAUCAUUUGAUGAAAAUUUUAUUAUUCUACCCACAAAAACUAAGCCCAAAAAAUUGGUUCUUCUUGGGUCUGAUGGGCGACAGUAUGGCUACCUUUUCAAAGGCCAUGAAGAUCUUCAUCUUGACGAACGGAUUAUGCAACUAUUACAAAUUACUAACGAUCUGCUUAAGCGGGAUAGGCAAACGAGCGCCCGAAAUUUACGUGCACGCAAUUAUGCUGUCAUCCCUUUAGGAAACCACUCGGGAAUGAUUCAGUGGGUAGAGAACGCUACUCAAAUAUUUGUACUUUACAAAAAGUGGCAACAUCGUGAACAUUUUGCCAAAGUCUUACAAAACAACACUGAUGAAUCAGUUGGAAACCCGCAGCGGCCUAGCGACAUGUAUUUUGAAAAGAUUGGCAAAGCUCUAAAAAAAGAAGGUUGGCCUGCUUCCACUUCGAGGCGUAAUUGGCCUCAUUCUGUUCUCAAAUCGGUGUUUCUUGAAUUAGUAUCAGAAACACCUUCAGAUCUACUUGAAAAGGAGGUCUGGGCAUCUUGCUCAAGUCCAAAAGAAUGGUGGAUGAAAAGUACUUCUUUGUCACGUUCGCUUGCAGUCAU